AUGGGCUUCAGCAGAGCGACAUUGGGCUUCUUGGGCCUGUUUUUCAUGGCCGCCUCGAUUCUCUUGAUCUUUCUCACCCUCCUGGGUGGUGCGCGAAACUCCACCCCGCUGAACAUCAUCUACUUCCUGCAAGCCGACACCGGCAAUAUUCCAGGAGCCCCUGCAGUUUCUCGUUGGACCUUCUGGCAGCUCUGUAGCGUGACGGCCAACGGCAAGAAUGACUGCGGCAGCUCGCACCCCGACUUCCCGUUCGACCCGCCGAGCCACCGCACCUUUGACACGACUACGAACGUGCCGCCCGAGUUUAUUGGAACUAAGCACUAUUUCCUGACCUCGCGGUUCAUGUUCCCGUUCAUCAUCAUCGGCCUGUUUUUCGCCGUGAUCUCGCUCUUCACGGGUCUGCUGGCUAUGUGCACGCGUAUUGGCGGCUACAUCUCUGGGUUCUUGUCUUGGCUCGCCUUGACCUUCCAGGUUAUCACCACUUGUCUCAUGACUGCUGUCUAUGUCCAGGGCCGCGACGCUUUCAACCGCAACGGUCAGUCCGCUCACCUGGGUGUCAAGGCCUUUGCCUUCAUGUGGACUGCUUCGGCAUGCCUGUUCCUCUCGUGUCUCAUGUACUGCCUCGGAGGAGCCGUCGGACGGAAAGAUGGCGGCUACAGUGGACGCGAGCAGCGCCGCCGUGGAUUCUUCUCCUCGCAGCGCUCAAACAGCGUGAGAAGCCAGAAGAAGGAAUACGCCUAA